CUUCUCAUCAACCGGCGCUCCACAACACAUGCGCGCCCCGCCAGCGCCCGCGCCUAUCACGACGGUCCGCAGUCGCCCCCUCGUAUAAAAACAUCGCGCCUCUAAGUCGGUAUCGCUUUUUGCAACUCGACCGUCCCCGCCACCACCGUAGAGCACCGCUCGCCCCGCCGCCGCGCCCCCUCGCCGCGUCCAAUCGUUACCUUAAUCGUACACCUACACCCUCCGCUUCUUGUUUAGACGCCAUGAAGUUCACCUUCGUCCUUGCGAUCUUCGCUCUUGCCGGCACUGCGUUCGCUGAGACCAACGCGGAGCGCUUCCGCCGCGGUCUUGGCCCGUUGAAGCCCCGCCACUUCGGGACGCAAACCACGCAGGUCGCUCAGCCUUCUGGGCACCCUGCGACCCAGACUUUGACCCCGCAGCAGCAGCACGACGCUGCCGUCGCAGCGCAGCGUCACAAUGCUGAGCUUGCUGCCCAGCGCGCCGCUGCUCAGCGCUCGGCUGCUGCUGCUGCUGCCGCCGCGUCGGCCUCCGCCCACGCUGGUGCCGGCGUCCACGUCGACGCCACCGCGCAGGUGAACGCGAACGCCGCCAAUGCACACGUGCAGGCGGACGCGAGCGUGCACGCCAACGUCAACACGCAAGCUUGAGGGUCCCUGCCGUGCGCAGGAGCCUGCUGAAUGCGCCUAUCCGGAUACUUCCUCGCUCCCUCCUGCCAUAUACCCUCUCCACUUAUACCGCGCGCGUCGAUUGGCGUUUGCUCGCCCGGCGUGGCUGACCCUCUGAUCCUCGCGCCCUCUGGCCGCCCGCCGGCUCGCCAACUGACCGUCCUUCGUUUGCACAAUCCUAGACCGCCUCUGUAUCACGCAUCCCCUAGUCGUCCCGUGGGCGCGCUGUAGCCAGUAGCACGCGACUGAAGGCUCGGCGCAGGUGCUGAGCCGUACAUACAACACGUACGUCGGACAUACACCACGUCGGACAUCUUCCCCGUUACGAACUGGAAUGGACACGGGCAUGUUGAUACGUGCUGCUGGUGCUAUCGAUACGUGCAAGGGAAAGCAAUAAUCGGUAUUGUGGCGCAUG